GCGUCAAUGUUUUGGUAUACAUGCUAUUAGUCACAUCAGUGGAAAGUCACAGAGUGGCAAGACUUGUCUUGUCUCUCAGUUUGUCUCUGCAAAAUGGAUGAGACGGCCAAAAGUUUCGUGAGAACUUUAAUUGUGUUAUGUUCAUUAAGCGCUGUUUGGUCUAUUUGGGUAGUUCCUGGACAAUGUCCCACCGAUCGACCUGUGCAGAAGAACUUCGACAUCACCAAGUAUGCCGGACUGUGGUAUGAAUAUCUCAGGCCAGAUGACAAUUACGCCUUCCUGGGCGACUGCAACACUGUCCAGUACACUGCACACGCCAAUGGGACUGUCGGCAUUCGGACGUUCAGGCAGUUCCCACAGAAUCUGGGCUAUGAGAUGGAUGAGACGUUUGCAGUAUUCACGGAUCCCGAGCAGAAUCCACCGGAGGGAAGGUGGAACAUCUCGUACAGAUGGAAUGAUCCCUUCUUUGCCAAUCAUCGCAUCCUGGAGACGGACUACGACAGCUACUCCGUGACGUACUAUUGCCGCGAGGCAAGUCCCAGCACCGCCUUCGAUGACUUCUUCAUCUACACCAGGAAGCCAUCGCCGGAGCCCGACACCAAGGCUCGCAUCGACAAGCUCCUCCACAGAUUCUACAAAAUGGAGUAUCUCUUCAAGCAGAAGCAAGGCGGAGAGUGUCACUAUUCGGCGCAGACGGACGAAUGAAUGUUUCAUGUGUGUCUAAUUGAUCCAAGAGGUCCUGGCAAUUAUGCCAGGACAGAGAGAUUAUGUACACUGGAAAUCAAUAUGUCCUUGUAGUUGUGCUGCUGUCUAAGAAAUUCCCCCCCAAAGGAGGAGUGAAAUAAAUUAUAUAAAAUACCCCAACCAA